CUGCACAGCUACGCGGCGGUGCUGCAGUAUGAUGGUACCGCCUACUGGGGCUUCCAGCUGCAGCCGGCGCCGCAGGGGCGGCGCGCCAAGCCCACCGUGCAGCUGCGGGUGGAGCAGGCGCUGUGCCGGGCCACGGGGCAGGGCCGGCAGGCGCUGAGGGUGCAGGCUGCGGGGCGCACCGACGCCGGGGUGCACGCCCGCGGCCAGGUGGUGCAGUUCUGCUGCGCCCGGCGGCAGGGCGCGGCGCCGCUGCUGCGCGCGCUCAACGCGCUGAUGCCGCCCGACAUCCGGGCGGUCGCGGUACAGGAGGUACCGCUGGACUGGAACGUGCGGUACGCGUCCCGCAAGACGUACGCCUAUGACCUGCACCUGGACCCCGUGGCCGACCCCUUCCUGCACCGCUGGCGCUGCCACCCGCGCCGCCCCGAGCGCCUGCGCCUGGACGCCAUGGCCGAUGCGGCGGCACUGUUUGUGGGCACCCACGACUUCUCCCGCUUUGCCAACCUCGGCCCCGACGCCACCCGCAAGUCGCCCGUCAAGACCGUCCUGUCGUACCGCCUGCUGCCGCUGGAGGGCGGCGCCAGGCUGGAGGUGACGGGCACCGGGUUCCUGUACAAGCAGGUCCGGCACAUGACGGGCGCGCUGCUGGCGGUGGGGGGCGGCUCCCUGGGCGCCGACGACAUUGCGGCGGCGCUGGCGGGAGGCGAGCGGGCGCGCAGCGCCGCGCAGCGCAACGCAUUCCGCGGCUGGCAGGUGGCGGAGGCCAGGGGACUGUGCCUGCAGCAGGUGGUGUAUGCGCCAUGGAGCAGCCUGGGCGACCUGGAGCCCGCGGCGGGCGGCAGCGGGGUGGUGCUGGCGGCGGUGGAGGAGGCGCCGCCGGGGCCGCGAGGGGUGGCCGCCUGA